CUCUCUUAUUUCUUUAUAUAUUUAGUCUCAUUAGAUUUCAUUUUACCAUGUAAAUACUCGAUUCAGAUUCAUGUCUAGUUUCCUUAGAUCUAGCUCUUGAUUCUUCAGAUAUAGAUUCUCUAUAUUGUAUUUGCAUGUUGGUUUCGAUAAGAAAUGUUGGUUUGAAAAAGAGCUGAUAUGUUGUUAUCAAUGAAACUAUAAAUCGAUAUAAGAAAUGUUAGUUUUUGCUGUGCUGCAUUCCGACAGGAACAUAUCUUUUUGCGAUGGAUGAUGAUGGGUUUCGCAAUUGGGGUUACUACGAACCAGCGGCUGCUACAUCAUUCAAAGGUAAUCUCGGUUUACAGCUAAUGCCAACCAUUGAUCGGAACACUAAACCGUUUCUACUCGGGCGAGACCCUAAUCUAAUGAUUGGCCAAACCGGUUCAUACCACCAACACCACCACCACCUUGAGCCUCACAUGAGCUACAAUCUGAUUAACCAACACAAAGACAAGUUCUUCAACAUGUUACCUGUCACAACCACUCCUAAUUACGGAAAUGUCCUUCCACAAACUUCCUCAUCCCCAUCCAUGCAUAUGAAUCUCCACCAUCACGAGGAACAACACCCGAUUAAAUGCGAACCGGACAUUGUUGAGACUAAGAAGAGAAAGCCUAAUUCAAAAGCUAGCACAAAGGCGAAGAAGCCUCGUAAACCAAAAGAGGAGAACAACAACAACAACACCAACAUGUCUAAAGUCAAACCGGCUAAGAAAAGCUUUGACUUGGUUAUUAACGGAGUGAAUAUGGACAUUUCCGGUUUACCCGUCCCGGUUUGCACUUGCACUGGAGCUCCUCAGCAAUGCUACCGUUGGGGUUGUGGUGGUUGGCAAUCUGCGUGUUGCACCACGAACAUAUCUAUGCAUCCGUUGCCGAUGAGUACUAAGCGACGUGGAGCGAGGAUCUCGGGGAGGAAGAUGAGUCAAAGCGCGUUUAAGAAGGUUCUUGAGAAACUUGCUUCUGAUGGGUUUAACUUUGGGAACCCGAUUGAUCUUAAGAGUCAUUGGGCAAGACAUGGGACUAACAAGUUUGUUACCAUCAGAUGAUUAGUUGUCUUUACGUUGCUUUGUGUUUUUGUUGGAGUCUGUUUGUUUGUUUGUCAGAGAAGGAAGAAGAUGACUUAGAAAAUCUGCAGGGAAGUUUGAAUUCUUCUUUUUUUUUGUAUUUUUUUUCCUUCUUUCUGUUAUCUUUAUAAACAUUUUACUGACUUGUAAUAGUAAGUUGUAACAGAUAAUUCUUUUUAAUUAAAUGUUUUAUUUCUUAGAUUAUUUAAAUCGUGCAGACAAUUUGUACUAGUUGUUGAAUUUUG